AGUUGGCAUCUGGCACAAAGAAGAACAGAGAGAAUAAGAAAUGAUGCUAGUGGUUUGAAAUUUCAAAGUAAGCACGGAAAUUUGGCGCUCGCCGGUCAAUUAAAAGGAGAAAAGUGCAUUGUUUUGUUUCUCUUUGUCUUUGAAGCUGGGAAAAUGGAAGACACUAAUUCGUCAACACCUCCGAAAUGGAAGCGACCGGACGAAGUCAUGCGACUGCACAUGUUGAAGAAGCGGAGGGCUCUUGCUGCUCGAAUGAGUCGGAGCAGUUCUGCAUCAGAACUUCUAAAUAAUUCAGAUAGUUUUAAUUUAUCAGAUGGGGAACCUAAGCCAUCAAAACGGAGAAAUUGUUUUCAACGAUCUUCAACCGGCCUCAAACGGUCUGCAGAUGGAACUCCUGUACUUCAUGAGCUAGAUGCAUCAAAUGACAAUACCUUAUUCCAUCUUCUUAAUUCUGGGAGCUCUCCUGUAUCAUCUGCUGACAGCACCCCCACUUCAUUUUCAAGUAUUUUUAAAUCUUUCUCAGAACAAAAUGCUAAGAAAAAUACCUCUGAAGAGCCUGUCCGGAAAAGGGGUAGUCAAGUGCCCAUUGAUUGGACACUGCGCAACAAAGUUCGCUUUAUGUCUCCAAAGCCCUUUCCCUUUAGUGCUACUCUACGAACCUGUGAAGAAGCAUCUGGGAUCACUGGGUUUGCGAGAUGUUUGGACACUGGUCAAACAGGUUCAUCUCUUGAUACCAGUCCCAAUGCACGUCUUCAUCAAUGUUGCUUGAUAUGGCAACACCCAUGGCUUCCUUGGUUAGAACUUUAUCCACGGCAGGCUGCAAGAGUGUCGUCAAGUGAUGCAAAUCUGAACAUUGCUUCUAUGCCAGCUCUUCGUGACAGCUUGCAAAGAGACUGGGCAAAAAGUUUCCAGUCGCUAUUUCAGUUGGUGCGUGCUAGGCAAUGCCCCUAUUUCUAUGUAUGUUCUAACAACUUCACCUGCCUAUUCCGUGCAGCUGGCAUGUGUGGCAUUUCAGAAACCCACGCUCUUGUUACUCCUACAACUAGAGGCUUUAGACAAUUGCUCAAGGAUGAGGAUGUGGAGUUUACAAUGCCUCUCAAGAAAACAUCAGUGAAGAGAAAAUCAUUAGACAGUGAGUCAGGCUAUGAGACUUUAGAUUCUGUCAACAGUGAAACAAAUUCUCAGAAUGUGAAAAAGGAGGAAGUGAACCAAGCAGAAGACAAUGAGGAGGAAAAAGAUGUUGAAGAGGAUGAUGUAAGCAAUGACAAAUGGCUUGAGAGCAUGGGCAUUGAAGCUGCUGAGAUCAGAAGACUGAAUACUGUGCAGGUCCAGCAGAAGAUUGAUAAAGAAAGAGACAUAGACAAAACUCCCGAAUCCUUGAUUUUGGUUGAAGGUGUUGAAGCCCAAGCUUUGUCAAAUUUUCUUCUCAACUGUAAAUCAUGCACUGCCACCACCGGGCCUCUUGCUGGGGUCCCUCCCACACUGCUGGCUCCUGUAGCCUUCCAUGGUGCAACUUUGAGGCCCAACAAGGUUCGUGUUAGCAAAGUACAAGUAGAGACCACUAGUUAUCACUCUGUGGAGCUACAGGGUCCAGUUCUUCCUCAUGCUGUCCUCGGCCUCUGUGAUUUGCUCAAACCAACUUGUGAUCAGUUCUCCCUCACAUUUGCCAAUCUAGAGUCAACCAAAGCAUUUUCAGAAGCAAUGCAUGCUCCAGCUGCAACAGGUAGCCCAAGUGAUAAGGAAAAUUUACAAACAAAUUGUACCACAUCAGUACCCUGUGUAUUUGGCCAGGAGAAUCUUAGUGACUGUGGACUGAGCAAAUCAAGUUUAGAACAGUUUUGUAGCUCAGACUCAAAUCAUGUUCAGCUUAUGGAGAGUUUGAAAUUUUCGGAUGGUAUCUACACAUGGGUAUGAAGUGUCCAAAAAGAACACUUUGAUUUUUAACUGUCAUAAGUUUGUGAGCUGUGCUCUUUUCAUUACCUAUCCAAUCAAUUGGUGAUUUUAGUGCGUUGAAAAAUUACAAUUAUUGUUAUCAUACUUGUGUUGUGCAUAGUUUAAUUAUUUAUUAAAGUAAUUUAUUAUUGUUAUGAUCACUGAAUUUGUGAAGCAUUUUAUCAAUUCUGUAAUCUUUUACAUGACAUUUUGUGAUUAAACACUUUUGAAAAAAAGAACAUAA